AUGCUGUUGGCAGUCGUAGAUUAUGAAGUGGAUAUAGAGGUUCUGACGAUGACGUUUUCCUUGCAGUUUACCCUGGCAGUUGAUUCAACUCUUGCAUGUUGCCAUGAACUACUUGGAAGUAUUGGUAUCAGCUGUGAUGAAGCUGCCCAUACUGGUGAUUCAUUAGCACUAUCAGAGUUGUCGCUCAAAUUUCUUAGACCUUUAAGGAGUGGAGACAAAUUUGUUGUUAAGGCGAGAAUUUCCAACUCCUCAGGGGCUCGCCUGUACUUUGAGUGUUUCAUCUUUAAGAUGCCAAAUGAAGAGCCUAUUCUGGAGGCAAAGGCCAAAGCUGUAUGGCUUGACAAAAAUUAUCGUCCUGCUCGUAUUCCUCCAGAAUUCAGAUCAAAAUUUGUUCAAUUCCUUCGUUGUAAGGAACCUAAUUGA